AUGCAGAGCCCCGUGGCCACCGGUGGCGGUGCUGCCGGCAGGGUGGUGAUCCCGCCACACACCGCCGCCGCUGCCACGGUGUCCGCGGCAACUGCCAACGGUUAUGAUACCGGCGGCGAUAGCGGCGCCACCGCCGGCGGCAGGACUGCCGCUUCCGCCAGGCGUUUUCCCUCGCGACUUGGCGGCGCUUCAAGAGGCGCACACACCGCCAGCUCCAGCGCCCGCAAGGCCAGCGCCGUCACCGAAGCCAGCGCCAGGGCCGUCACCGAAGCCAGCGCCAGCGCCGUCACCGAAGCCAGCGCCAGCGCCGUCGCCGAAGCCAGCGCCAGGUCCGAAGCCAGCCGCUUUUUACAAAACCGUCGCCUGCUCAACAUGGGAAGGGCAGCGACGGCUUCCGGCAGUUGCACGCCAGGGGACAAGUGUAAUCGCAUCGGUGGAACAGUUACCGCAGCGCUCGUCCCAGAAUACGACAGUAACAUAAUCUUGACGGCCGCGGAAGAAGCGGCGGCGGCGGCGGCGCUAGCAGAGGCGAUUUUAGGUUCUGACGCGCUGCAACUGGACGAGCAGAGUCAGCGCGAGCUUUGGCGGGGCUCGGCCGGCGGCGACCCCAUCCUGCAAAACCAUAUUGCCAGCGGUUCUGCCGUACGAGGUGCCAGAGACAACGCGGCGGCGGCAUAUUCCGCUGACACCAUCGACGCCGGCAUGUACGGCAGCGCAGAUGUGCUGCACGUCGGGUGGUUCUCAGCUGAGCUACUGCGGGAAUGGCUAACGGGCCCGGCGUGGAUUCUGCAUGAGGAUGCCAACGACGGCCCCGUCGAUAUUGUCACGAAUAAUGUUACCCGUCGUAGAAGUACCCUCGUACAUGGCAAGUACGACAGCAUUGAUGUUGGAACGACGUUGAAGCGAAGGGAGCUGUUGGGCUCGUCUGUGGCCGCUCCGGAACCUGCGCCACGUGUUCUAUGCAACAGCGCUAAUGUGGCCAUCAAGGACGGGGAGCCGGUAAUCGUCAACACCAGGACCGACCCCGUCGCCGCCGCCGCCGCCACUAGCGGCACGGUUCAGCAGCAUAGCGGCGGCGGCGGUGGCGGUGAUCUAGGCAGUGAUGGGCCAUGCCUCAACUUCGCAGGGUAUCCCGCUCCGCUCGUACGGUGGGCGCAGUACUGCAGGUACCUCACCGAUCUGGACGACCACAAUUUCGUGGAGACUACGUGCAGGGGCAGGCCGGGGGUAUCAGGAGCACCUUUGUGGGUGUACGACCCGCCACCAGAUAACAGACCGGGCGAGAACGGCCGCCCUGGGAGCGGUGGCGCCGCUGGAAGUGGUGGUGGCGCCGGCGGCACUAGCGGGACCCGAAACUCGGCAGCCGCGGCGCCGCCAAAGCCGCCGCAGCAGCCGCAGCAAGCUCAGGGGCGACGUGUGUUGCGGGCUGUGCUGACAGCUGGCGUACCCAAGGGCCCCACGGGCGCGGUUCGGGUCGACCGGGGGCUUAGGGACUGGAUACGGCAUGUACAGCGGGAUAUGCCGUGCAGCGGGGCCGGUGGCGGAUAG